UUGGGAGAGCAACGUGAACAUUGACAUUAACUACCUGAAACAUGCACCUCGCAGCAUUUCUGCUCAUUGCCGUUAUUCUCCUUUACCUCUUCAGGAUGGUUAAGCGCACCUUCAGCUUCUGGGAGUCAAAAGGAGUGCCGUACUUGUCUCUGCCACAGUAUAUUGGUGUGCUUUACGAUACCUUUACGAAGCCACUACCGGACGUUGUGCGGAACAAUCAUUUGAAGUACGGAAAGCUCUACGGAUCUUAUCAAGGUUUCGUGCCUUGUCUCGUCGUUGGAGACCCGGAUGUGCUGCGCAUCGUGUGCGCCAAAGAUUUCAAGUCUUUCGUCGACAGAACGGAAAGUGAAGUGACUGGAAAUGCUUUGUGGGACAACAUGCUACUCAACAUGUCGUCGAAUAUGUGGAAGGACGAACGGAUGGCGCUAUCCCCCGCGUUCACUCCGAGCAAGCUAAAAUCGGUAUUUCCGCGGUUCGUUGAAUUCGCAGAGCGGUUGCGGCUUCAGUUUGUGGAAGAAGCUAAACAAAGAAACGUCGUGGAAGUUCAAAGGCUCUUUGAGAAGUGCUCAAUGGAUGGCAUGGCCGCCUUCCUGUUUGGUCUUGACCUUUGCACUCGCCAAUCAACUGAUCAUCCGCUAGUGACCUGCUGCAACGGAUUCUUUAGCGCGAUUGGAGGAUGGAAGGUCCUCAUGCUGUUUGCCAUGUCAAGGGUUUUCAAAAUGCUGCCGAUAGAGUUCCCUAGCACUUGCGCUUCUCAGCAAGUACUCAAUUUUGCAAAAGUCAUGGUUGAGAAAAGACUGGCUUCGAAUGAGCGACACAACGAUGUUCUUCAACUGUGUUUAGACACCAUGAUGGAAAUGAAAAGAUCAAGUGGCCGAAAGUUAACAGAAGCUGAAAUGAAGGACGUGGCGGCCGAGAUCAUGGUGUUUUUCAUCGCCGGUAGUGACGGUGUAGCCAUAGCGCUGACAUUCACGGCAUACAACUUAGCACUCUCUCCCGAUUAUCAGGACAAACUGGUCGAAGAAAUCGACGAAGCCGUGAGCAAGCACGGGAUGACGUUCGAGGCAAUCAACACCAUGCCCCUACUCGAAGCUACGGUGAAGGAGUCCCUGCGGAUGUAUACACCUGACUCAUUCUUGACGAGGCGCUGCAACCAAGAAACGACACUGCACGGGAUAGAUUUCAAGCCCGGGAUGUGCAUCGAGAUACCGUUGACAGGCGUCCAUUACAACCCGGAAUUCUUUCCGGAUCCUUACACAUUUAAACCGGAAAGGUUCUUGCCGGAGAACAAGGACUUACUCAAGCCGUACACUUUCCUGGCUUUCGGCGCGGGACCCCGGAACUGCAUAGGAUUACGCGUUGCUCUCGUUCAGGCUAAGAGUGUGCUCGCCUGUUUGCUGAGGGACGUCCGCUUUGAGCGGUGCGACGAGACAGCGGUACCCGUCAAGUUUGUUCCCCAGCGGCUUCUCUUGGAACCACACCCAGCGGUGAAGCUCCGCAUCAUACCACGUAGUUCAACCGUGCAAGUAUAG